AUGGCACAGUCCAUGACGCAGUCCAUUGCCCAGCCCAAGGCAACGGUGCAGGCAAUGACCCAACCUGGCACCAUGCCAAUGCAGACGCAGUGGCAGCCUUCACAGUCCACGUCCAUGGCCGUGCGUCCCAUGUCGGCAUCCCGCGGUGGAACUGUCGAGGACCGAUUGCAGCACAUGGAGGAGAUGAUGUUCAGGUUCCACGAGAUUCAAAUGCGGCGACAGCAGGAGGCAGAGGCGAGCAUCGGCGCGAUGUUUCAGGAGGCCACGCAGGCCAUGAUUCCGCAGCUUGUCGACCACAUGAUCGAAAAGCUGGCGCAAGCCAUGGAUUUCUCGGAGUUGAGAGACCAGCUGAUCGAGUCAUUCAGUGCAGUUGUGGACGAAAGGGCUGAGACCAUCCUUACAUCGAUUGGGGAGACGUCCGUGGUGCAGAAGUCGAUCUUUUCCGAUGUCUCCCGACUGGGCAACAAGCUUGACUCCAUGGCGACAUCAGUUAGCGACCUGGCUUCCAACAUGGUGCCUGACAUGCAGGACAUCUUCUUGGACAGGUUCGACGAGUUGCAGCGGUACGUGGAGAUGACGAUGACCAACAUGGACUAUCCAAGGACUAUGCCGCCUGGAGGAGGAGGCUACGACAUGUCCAUGAAGGCAGACCCAGGGUGGCAAUCCAGAUCGCCCGUGAAUCGCGGACCCCCGCCGGCAACGGACCCAAAGAGUCCGCAGCGGCAAGCGAACGCGCGCUCUACCACGCUGCCGAUCGCGACGGACAGUCGAUCACGGCGACCGGAUACUGCUCCGGGAGCAUCCGCCGAUCGGGCGCGAAGACAUCCGGGCGGCCAGUCUCUCGCGCACGGCCAGGGAUCAGCUGGACCCAGAAUGGCCUCCGGGGUGGCACGGACCCCUGUGGAUGGAGACGGAAGGAACCAGCACGGUGGAGCGAGGGGUCCCGCCGCAAUGUCGGAGACAUGGCCGUGGCAGCCAAGAUCCUCUACGCCCCCGCCACAAGAGGUUCCCAAGGAGGAGAUCCCUCCACCGCUGCCCGCGCAGCCUAGCAGGGCUCGCCCAUCCGAUCUUUUUGGCGGACGGAAAGAAUGA